AUGCGCAAGCAACUCGAUCCUCGUCUUCCUAUUCUCAUUAAUAACAAUGUGAAGAAAAAUCAUCGUUCUUUCGUCGUGCUUGUCGGGGACAAAGGCAGGGAUCAGGUCGUCAAUCUGCACUUCUUGCUAUCACAAGCCCGAGUGUCUGCUCGGCCAUCGGUGCUAUGGUGCUACAAGAAAGAACUUGGGUUCACGAGCCACAGGAAAAAGCGGGAGGCCAAGAUCAGGAGAGAGGUUAAGCGCGGGACCCGGGAGGCCAACGAUCAGGACCCCUUCGAAAUUUUCAUCACAGUUACCGACAUUCGUUAUACAUAUUACAAGGAAUCGCAUAAGAUUCUUGGUCAGACGUUCGGCAUGUGCGUAUUACAGGACUUUGAAGCGAUCACACCCAAUCUCCUGGCGCGCACGAUUGAGACAGUCGAGGGCGGUGGGCUCGUUGUGCUACUGCUCAAGACGAUGAGCUCACUACGGCAGCUGUACACCAUGACAAUGGACGUACAUGCUCGCUACAGAACAUCUGCACAUGACACAGUCGUCGCCCGUUUCAAUGAACGAUUUAUCCUCUCCCUCGGCUCAUGUGACGACUGUCUUGUCUUGGAUGAUGAAUUGAGCGUCCUCCCGAUCUCCCGAGGGAAGGACAUCGUUCCCCUAGAAGAAGCGCGAGGGAAGAGCAAGGCAGAGUCUGAGCUCAAGGACUUGAAAGACAGCCUUGCAGACACGAAACCGGUUGGAGAGCUUGUCAAGCUGGCGAAGACUUUGGAUCAGGCCCAGGCGAUCCUCACUUUUGUGGACGCCAUCGCAGAGAAGACACUAUCGUCCACGGUGACGCUGACCGCUGCUCGGGGGCGAGGUAAGUCGGCGGCUCUGGGCUUGGCAAUUGCUGCAGCGCUCGCGCACGGCUAUUCGAACAUCUUCGUGACCAGUCCCAGUCCCGAAAACUUGAAGACCUUGUUCGAGUUCGUCUUCAAGGGUAUGGACGUGCUCGGGUACGAGGAGCAUCUCGAUUACGAUAUUGCACAGAGCACGAAUCCUGAUUUCAACAAAGCUAUCGUGCGCGUCAACAUCUUCCGGCAACAUCGACAGACCAUUCAGUACAUCCAACCUCAAGAUGCGCACGUUCUAGGUCAGGCAGAGCUUGUUAUCAUUGAUGAAGCUGCUGCGAUCCCGCUGCCUCUUGUGCGCAAUCUCAUCGGACCAUACCUUGUCUUCAUGGCCUCUACUAUUAAUGGGUACGAAGGCACCGGCCGAUCACUCUCGCUCAAGCUCAUCCAGCAGCUCCGUGAGAGCACCCGCCCCUCGCUUACCAAAGACACCGCCGCGGGCGAAGACGAUGCAGCGGCAAGCUCGAGCUCCAAGAAGCCAAUCGUCAAGGCACCGCCGAAAGCGCGUACACUGCGCGAGAUCAAGCUCGAGACGCCGAUUCGAUAUGCGGCCGGGGACACCGUCGAGAAGUGGCUCAACAGCCUUCUCUGCCUCGACGCGACGGUCGUGCCGCGCUCGAGCGCGCACAGCUGCCCGCACCCCGCACAGUGCGAGCUGUUCUACGUCUCGCGAGACACGUUGUUCAGCUAUCACCCCGCGUCUGAGGUGUUCCUGCAGCGCAUGAUGGCGCUGUAUGUCGCGAGUCACUACAAGAACCAGCCGAAUGACCUACAACUACUCUCGGACGCGCCCGCGCACCACCUGUUUGUACUUCUCCCGCCCAUCAAGGACGACGAAAGUACUCUCCCAGAGCCGCUUGUCGUACUCCAGGUGGCGCUCGAGGGGAACAUCAGCAAGCAGGCAAUUAUGGAUGGCUUGAACCGAGGUUUUCGUGCAGGCGGCGACAUGAUUCCCUGGCUAAUCUCGCAGCAGUUCCAGGAGAACAAAUUCGCACUGCUUUCUGGCGCACGCGUGGUGCGCAUUGCGACACAUCCGGACUAUGCGAACAUGGGGUAUGGGGCGCGUGCGCUGCAGGCUUUGAAUUCCUUCUACAGUGGAGAAUACUUCAACUUGGACGAGGUGUCAAAGCCGGAGCCCGCUUAUCCUGAUCCUGCCACUAUUGACGAGUCGACAUCGCUGCUCACAGAUAAGCCGACGAUCCGCGCAGCCACGGCGAUGCCACCACUGCUGCAGCGGCUCACGGAGCGUAAGCCGGAGACGCUCGAUUACCUCGGUGUGUCGUACGGACUGACACCGCAGCUUCUGAGGUUCUGGAAGAGGGCAGGUUAUAUUCCCUUGUACAUCCGGCAGACGACGAGUGACCUGACGGGUGAGCACACGUGCGUGAUGGUCCGGGGCUUGAACUCGUCUGUAGAGAGUGAGCUGGAGUGGAUGGGGGAGUUUGCAAAAGACUUCCGCCGGCGCUUCCUGUCACUGCUGUCCUUCAAGUUCCGGGAGUUCGGCAGUGUCACGGCGUUGAGUAUCCUCGAGGCUGCAAAAAACGGUCUGAAAAAACUGGACGCCGACCCGGCGAGAGAGCUGGCCUCGUCCGAGAUGUCAUUUUUAUUGUCCCCCUUCGAUCUAAAACGUCUAGAGUCGUACGCCAACAACAUGUUGGACUAUCAUGUCAUCAUGGACCUGCUGCCCACGGUUGCUUCGUUAUAUUUUGAGAAACGGGUGGGCGAAGGGGUGCAUCUCAGCGCUGUGCAGAGCUCGAUUCUUCUCGCGCUCGGUCUCCAGCGAAAAACGAUAGAGGAAGUCGAGACUGAGCUGCAGCUCCCGGUUUCGCAAGCGCUCGCGCUGUUCGUCAAGGUCAUCAAGAAGAUCACGAAGCGCCUGCUCGACAUCCAGAAAACGGCGAUCAGCGCCGAUAUUCCCGAGGAGCCACCAGCGGUAUCGCGCAUCGCUGUGGAUGGCACACAGACGAGCUGGAAGCCCGUGGAGACGAGCCUCGAGGACGAGCUCGCGGAGGCGGGCGACGAGGCGACGCGCGCUCUCCGCGAGAAGCAGCGGGAGAUGAUCGACUCACUGGACCUGAGCAAGUACGCGAUUGACGACGCGUCGGCGAACUGGAGUAUGGCGGAGGCGCAGGUGGCCAAGCUUACAGGCGGUGCGGCGGGCAAGUCGACCGUCGUGAGCGUGAAGAGCACUGUUGCAGCGGGACAGAAGCGGAAGGUGGAGGACGUUCCAGAGAAGGGCGGGAAAAGCGGGGAGAAAGACAGGAAGGGGUCGCGGCGGAGUAUCAAGAGGGCGAAGCGGUAG